GAUCAUUGUGCACGAGUGGGGUCACCUUCGAUGGGGAUUAUAUGAUGAAUAUCCAAUGAACAAGGACCCCCACUUUUACCAAGCUGGAGGAAAAUGGGAACCCGUUAGGUGUAGUACGUCAGUUCAAGGAGUUAUUGCAGCAAGCAAUCAAAAAUGUAACCCAAACGUUACAAGUACUAAGAUGCACAAGGAUUGUAAAUUCUAUCCUCUCAAAAGCAAAUAUAGUAGUGCUAGUGUGAUGUAUUACCAGACACUAAAACUUUCAAUGUUCUGUGACAAAGAGGGUCCGGAUGUGGCAAAAGAACUUCAGCACAACAAACUUGCCCCAAGCAGACAGAACAAAAAAUGUGCUCAUAGAAGUGCCUGGGAAGUUAUGAGAGAACAUGAAGACUUCAAAGAUAGUCAAAGUCAACCCUCCUCGACCAACACUGUUCCUGAAUUUGAGUUUAUUCAAGAAUCUGCGAGUUACAGAGUGUUUGUUUUUGACGUCUCCUGGAGUAUGGACGGAAGUAGAAUAACAUACCUGAACCAGACUGCUGAGUACAUCAUACAAAAUAUUGUUCCAAAAGAUAGCUGGCUUGGAAUAGUGACAUUUGGCGACGACGCGAAUAUUACGAAGCCCAUGAUACAAGUUGUGAAACAAGCUGACCGUGAAGAGCUCAAAGAUGCUGUACCUAAGAAAGUGGCAAAUCAACACACUUGCAUUCCUUGCGGUAUUACCAAAGCCAUAAAAAUUCUGAAAGAGUCGAUGGGGAAUCCUGAAAGUGGCGAGAUCAUUCUUCUCUCAGAUGGCAAAAACAACCUCGGUGAUAUACCUACCGUUCUGCAAAAGGCAAUAAAAGAAAAAGUCGUUAUACAUACGAUUGCGAUGGACAAUCAGUCAGAUAUGAAAUUGUCUGAAAUUGCAAGGAAAACAGGCGGAAAACAUUUGACUUACUUGAAUAUAGGAAGGAUAAGUUUAACAACCGCAUUUACGGAAUUGCUGAUUAGUGGCUCUUCACCUACGUCAAGUCAAGGAUCCGUCAUGCUAUUAUCGGAGAGAAUUAAUUCAGUUACAUCGCAAGAAAUCAACUUACAAUUUCCAAUCGAACGGGGUUUAGGUAGAAACACUUCAGUAGUUGUUAUGUCUCAGUCAGCGAUUAUCCAUAAGCUUCAAGUAAACGGACCAAACGGGUUUCAAACGGAAGUGGUUGCAGACAGGAAUACUGCAGAUGUGACUAUGCCUGGAAUUGCACAGGUGGGUGAUUAUGAAAUAACCAUCACAACAGACGGUAGCAAUCAAGCGAUCGAAUGUAUAGUGAUGACAACACCAGUAGUUAGUGACAAUGAUAUUAUCAGAGUUUCGGCAAAAACUUCAUCUAUCUUUGACUUGACAUCCGGAAAACUUCCCAUCAUUUAUGCAGACGUAACAAAGGGUUAUAUGCCAGUUAUCAAUGCAACGGUUAAAGCUUUUAUUGAUGCAGACGGAAGUUCAUGCGAGACAUUUCUAACAGACAAUGGCAUAGAUCCAGAUUCUUUCAUUGAGGAUGGUGUAUAUACAGGUUAUAUAACACCAGAGUGUUUACGAUCUGGUCGAGUGAAUAUCAAGGUAUAUGCUGGUGGAAGAAGUGGGGAGACUAAAAUUGGCUCAAGUCUCACAGCUUCAUCAAUUGCUAAUUCAGCUGCUGAACAUGAGAAAAUAUACUACGAGUCUUUUCAAAGAGUCAAAAUUUUGGAGGAGAUACAUGUGUCACAUAUAAAUCCGGCGAAAAAGGAUGCAAUCUCACCGGGUAGAAUUACUGACGUAAAUAUACACCAUAUUGUAAAGGAAGACACACUUCAAGGAGAACGAAGGAACGUCACUAUAACAUGGACAGCAACCGGAGAUGACAAGAAUUUGGGCAGAGCAUCAGAGUACAUGCUUCGUAUUUCGACUGAUUUCGACACUUUGCUGAACAAGUAUGAUAAUGCGGAUAUCCUUGCGAUGAAUGUAAGUUUGAUACCAAAAGAAGCAGGAGAGGUUGAAGCAUUGAAAAUUGUAAUAGAAGCGGAACAAAGAUAUUCAAAUACAGCAUACUUCGCCGUAAGGGCUAUUGACGCCGCUGGAAAUGUUGGAGAGGUCUCGAAUAUCGUUUCAAUAGUUGUAGCAAAAGAAUUUAGAGCAUACGGUGAAAAUGGAACUGUUAUUUCUCAGGAUAACGAUGACAAAGACAGGGCAGAAACAACAUCAAGGAGUUCAGCAUAUAAUCCAGAUGCGAUGCUUAUAGCGCUAUGCAUACUUAUUAUACAUUACAAGAAGGAUGUAAUAUCUUUAGUUUAAAUGAGAUAAAGGAUGGCACUAAUGGCUACAGACACUAUAUGUCUAGUUUUUAUUUUGUUUGAAACUUGGGUUGUCUCGAUCUACUUCAAAUCUUUGUACAUGAAGAAAGAAUGCAAAUAGCAGUUUUCGACUUUUUAGUUUUGUGCUCAGGGUGAAGUAUUGUGAUCGCUCACCGUUCGGCGUCCGUCCGUCCGUCCGUUGUAUACGUCCGUCCGUCCGUUGUAUACGUCCAUCCGUCCGUCGUCCGUCCACACUUUCCUUUAAACAACAUCUCCUCCUAAACCAACAGGCCAAUUUUGAUGAAACUUCACAGGGAUAUUCUCUGGAUAGUCUUCUUUAAAAAUUGUUCAAAGAAUUGAAUUCCAUGCAGAACUCGGGUUGCCAAGGCAACCGAAAGGAAAAACUUUAAAAUUUUUUUUCUCAAAAACCGGAAGCCCUAGAGCUUAGAUAUUUGGUGUGAAUCAUUGCCUAGUAGACCUCUACCAAGUUUGUUCAAAUCAUGACCCCGGGGUCAAAAUUGACCCCGCCGUAGGAGUCACUUGAUUUUACAUAGGAAAAUCUUUAAAAAUUUUCCAUUCAAAAACUAGAAGCCCUAGAGUUUAGAUAUUUGACAUGUAGCAUUGCCUAGUAGACCUCUACUAAAGGUAUUCAAAUCAUGACCCCGAGAUCAAAACUGACCCCGCCCCAGGGGUCACUUUAUUUUACAUAGAUUUCUAUAGGAAAAUCUUCAAUUUUUUUUAAAAGAAUAAACCAGAAGGCCUAGAGCUUAGAUAUUUGACAUGUAUUAUUGCCUAGCGGACCUCUACAAAAUUUGUUCAAAUCAUGAUUGAUCCCCGGGGUCAAAAUUGACCCUGCCCCAGGGGUCACUUGAUUUUACAUAGGAAAAUCUUCAAAAAAUUUCUAAAAAUAAACCAGAAGGCCUAGAGCUUAGAUAUGUGACAUGUAGCAUUACCUAGUAGACCUCUACAAAAUUUAUUCAAAUCAUGACCCCAUGAGUCACAUUGACCCCGCCCCAUGGGUUACUUGAUUGUAUAUAGAAAAAUCUUUAAAAUUUUCUAAAAAUAAACCUGGUGAGAAGGCCUAAAUCUUAGAUAUUUGACAUGUAGCAUUGCCUAGUAGACUUCUACAAAAUUUGUUCAAAUCAUGACCCUGGGGUCAAAUUGAGCCCGCUCCAUUGGGUUACUUGAUUGUACAUAGAAAUAUCUUCAAAAAAUUUCUAAAAAUAAACCAGAAGGCCUAGAGCUUAGAUAUUUGACAUGUAGCAUUGCCUAGUGGACCUCUACAAAAUUUGUUCAAAUCUUGACCCCCAGGGUAAAAUUGACUCAACCCCAAGGGGUUACUUGAUUAUACAUAGAAAAAUCUUCAAAAUUUUCUAAAAAAAAACCCAGAAGGCCUAGAGCUUAGAUAUUUACAUGUAGCAUUGCCUAGUGGACCUCUACAAAAUUUGUUCAAAUCUUGACCCCCACGGUAAAACUGACCCAGCCCCAGGGGUUACUUGAUUGUACAUAGGGAAAACCUCAUAAAUUUGCUAAAAAUAAACCAGAAGGCCUAGAUUACUUGAUUGUACAUCGGAAAAUCUUCCAAAAAAUUUCUAAAACUCAUCAGUUUGACAUUUGAAACAUGUAGCUCAUAUUUCUCAGGUGAGCGAUCCAGGGUCAUCAUGACCCUCUUGUUUCUUUUUGUUUUGUGAUAAACACUGACAAAGAUGUGUUUUCUCGGCUCGCCCCAAUCACACUGUUUGGCUAUGAAUUAUUUCGAUUCUAAUAUGUUCUUUAUUGUAAAAUUUAUAUCAAAUAUGAUUGAACUGUUUCCUCGCGCAAGCAUGACGCCAAUAGUAGGUAUUUGUUAAAACACGCCAGGACCGGAAAUGUGUAUCAGUAUGUGUAUAAAUUAAUCAAAACAUUUAUGCAAUGUGACAUGUUAUUAAGUAAAAUAUUUCAUGAAAUUUGAAAGCGCUAUUUCUUGAUGCGUACAUGGCGCUAAAUAUCACGUAGACGUGACCUCAGCAUAACAUCGUUGUGAUGAUUAAAGCAUUGUAAGCCAUAUUAGAAUCAGAGUUCGAACUGGAAAGGUAUGGCAUUUAUUUUCGAAUGAGAACAUAUAAAAGUAGUAAUCCGUUUUGUCCCUUGUUACAUAUAAAGAUGUGAUAUAUUUUGUAAUAUUGAAACAGCAUUUCAUAAAGUUGAUGUAUUUAGUAACAUGCUACCUAGAAUUCUUGAUGAUUUUAUACAAGACUGGAGUAGAGAUACUGCACGGAAUGGAAUAGGAAGAAACAAGCUUAGAUUAUAUAAAACAUUCAAAGUUUUUAUACAGAGCAGUAUUGUACAGCAGUCUUUAAUAGAUCAUAUAGGGGUGCAUUAGUUCAGAAGUGGCACAGCCCCAGUUGGUAUUGAGCUAGGAUGAUAUAAUAGUAUACCGGCGGAGGAACGAACUUGUUUUCACUGUAGAGAUUCUGUUGAAGAAGAAAUACAUGUUCUAUUACAUUGUCCGUUGUAUAGCACUUUCCGAGUAGAACUGAUUUCUAACAGCUUCAAACUUUAAUACUAAUUUUACAGAACUUACUGAUAUUGAUAAGGUUGGGUAUUUGCUCUCAAACACAGACAUUGUAUUUUUAAGUGCCAAAAUCUGUUUUAAUAUCUUAAACGGAAGGAAAAUAGAACGAUAUGGAUGAUCUUUAAGUAAUUAUGCAUUGGUCUUUGGAAACAUUUCAUACUGUAUCACAUUUAAUAUCUGAUAUUACGGAAAACUAUUUGCCUUUUUAGCUCGUCUGAUCUUUGAAAAAUCUACGAGGUAUUGUCGUCAAUGGUUAAUUUUUUGUUUGUUUUAUUUUUGUGUAGGUCCCUCUUUUCUCAAAACUAUAAAUCCUGCAGCGUUGUACAUUUGUCUAUCAACAUUAGGUGACUUAAUCGGCAAAGAACCAUUACUCUGAUAUGCACUUAAUUUAAAUUUAUGACCCCUUUUGUACUUUUUGAGAAAAUACACUACGAGUCUUUGUGUGUGUGUGUGUGUGUGUGUGUGUGUUUAGGUCCACCUUUUCUCAAUAACUAUAACAGCUAAGGCAUUGCAUACUUGUUUAUCAUCAUUAUAUGACUUCGUAGGCCAAGACACAUAACUCUAUCCUGCAUUUUGUCAGAAUUAGGGUCCUUUUUGUACUUAGAAAUUCUGAACUAUGACUUUUUCAGACAAGCGAUGGCGCUCGUCUGCGGGGCUCUUCUUUAUUUUUGCUCUCGUUCAAUUCUUACUCAGUAUCUCAACUUCACCCCAAUACGCCGCUUCAUCAAACAUUUCAGUGCAGUCUACCUCACUCACUUGAUGUUCCACUCAAUAACUUACCUCCUCACUACAUUCCAGUACUUCUGGUGAUACUACAUACUUCAGUUUACUCCACUCCACUGGAUGUCAGCGUUAUGUUUAAAUAAUUUGUCACUACUUCCAUUUGUCUAAUAGUAUCUCUAUAUUAUAUUAAGAAUUUAAGCAUGGUAUACUUACUGGAUGAUGAUAACCUGUAUUUUGUGAUAAGAUCCUGGAUGAUUUUAAAGAAUAUAUAUGUUUUAGGCAUUUAGGCAUUUGUCCCUGAUACACUGAUACAGUUUGUCUGUUUCCAAGGGCUAAAGGCAUGUGUGUGUAUAUAAUGUGUAGUUAUUAUAAAUUUUUAGUGAUAGGAUACUAAUAUGAAACUAUUUUAAAGUUUAAUUCUGUAAUAGAUGUUUGUUCUCCUAGUCUCUAAUAUUUCUUUCAAGAAAGGUUUGCAUGAAUGUUUUAUAUGUAAAUGUAACUGUAGUAUAUUUGUGUCCAUGCAGAGUGAGACUAUA